AAACGUUAAAAUUCUUUAAAAUGAAUUUUUCAUGAACAGAAUUUUAUGUGUGACAGUCACAUUACAAUUUUCAUAAAACAAAGGCUCCGGUAAGCUUAAAUAUAUUACAAAGAUAGGCCUAGUGAGUGCACAUAUCACGGUCACCAGGAACGGUAUCUCAAAGGUCAACAAUCAGACAGACUAUGAGAGGAAAGGGCUGUAAACAGAACGAAGGACAUGUGACUACACAAACGAGUAUAAAGUAAAGCUGUAAUUGGGUUAUAUACUAGGAACUUUCACAAUGAUGCAAGCUGUGGUACAGAUCUUCGUGACGUUUGGUUUAGUGGUAGGAAUAACCGGACAAAACACGAAGGUCAUUACAACCCCCUCCGGUCAACUGCGGGGUCUAGUCACUCUAGCUAAUAAUUCUAUUGUGUAUCAGUUCAGGAAUAUUCCAUAUGCAAAACCACCGAUUGGUGAGCUUCGAUUUGCAAAGCCAGUGGAAUAUGGUUCUUGGCCUGGCAUCCGUGAUGCAACUGCUUUCGGUCCCGCUUGUACUCAGAGUGUUAAUGGAGUUACAUACCAGAACGUCUCUGAGGACUGCUUGACCCUAAAUGUAUACGUACCAAAGAAUAUGCUUGGCAACAGGACAGUCAUGGUCUGGAUACACGGUGGUGGAUACAUCAAAGGAGAAGCCGCCAUAUUCGACGGGUCUUACCUUGCUUUACGUGGCGGUUUGGUAGUUGUCACAAUUAAUUACCGAUUGGGUGUUUUUGGCUUUCUCAGCACUAACGAUACUGUCAUUCCUGGCAAUAAUGGUCUAUGGGAUCAGCAAUUAGCGCUGAAGUGGUUAAAAACUAAUAUCAAAGCAUUUGGAGGGAAUUCAGAAUCCGUGACAAUAUUUGGUGAAUCUGCCGGUGGGUUCAGUGUAGGACUUCAAUCAAUAAUUCCCCAAAACAAAGGACUAUUCCAUAGGGCUAUUGCUCAGAGUGGGGCCGCGCCUUCCUUUUUGACCAUUGUGCAUCAACCGCUGUUAUUUACCGUGUCGUUUGGAGAAAGAGUAGGGUGCCAUUUCAUUACUAGUAAUUCGCCAAUGUUUCUAAAAUGCCUGAAAAGCAAGACUGCUAAAGAGCUUCUAAAUGCCCAGAUCAACGCCUCAGCUCCUGUCUCAUUGACGCCAUUCUCUUUUGGACCAGUUAUUUCCCCGGUGGUCGACAAAGAGUUUUUACCGGAUGUCCCUUCAGCUCUCAUGAAGAACAAGUCAUCGGAAUCCUACCAAUUCUUCCGAACUCUUGAUUUCAUGGCGGGAAAUGUCAACCGAGAAGGUUCGAUUUUCAUCAACAAAUACCUUUAUAAUUUCUCGCAGAUUUUCCAUUUCGUUCCCGAAAAAGGAGUACCAAAUGCUGUCGUAUGUAACGUUUUGGCACCUGGUGCUGUAAGUGCCUUCUCCAAAAGUAUCGUCAAAAACAAAACAAUUGAAAAAGAAAUCUGCGACGAAUACAAAGAUGAUGAUCCUGAACUAGAGGGAAACAAAAUGGGCGAUCUUUUUGGUGAUGCGUUUUUCGUGGUCCCGUCUGUAGUAGCUCUGGAUGUUCACUCUGACGGGAACAAUAUGACCAAUACUUUCCAGUACAUAUUCAACCGACGGAAUCCCGCCAUGAGGGGGAAUGGUCCGUACCCGCACUGGUUCACGGGUGCUCCUCAUGCGUCGGAUAACGUGUUUCUCUUCGGAAUUCAGCAACUGGCACAACGGAUACACGUCUCUGAUGCAGAUCUCAAUCUGUCUGCGCAUAUGCAACAGUAUUGGGCGAAUUUCGCCAAGACUGGGAAACCGUUUGCUGAUGGUUCUGCGAAUUGGCCAUAUUACGACAGAACCAGUCGGUCAUACCUCAACUUGGAUGACGUCAUUUCCGCAAAGGAGCACAUCUUUUUAGACAGGGUUACGUUUUGGACUGAGAAAGUGCCUAUUUUCUGAGAUGCCGUGUACGUAAUAUCACGUUAUUGCCGUAAUAAAUAUAUUC